UGAGGUAGAUUGGAUGUGAAUGGGUGUCCAAAGACGACGACAUCGUCUCGCUUUAUGUUAACUUACAUGCCCAUGACAUCAUAUCCUGGGUGGGUUGGUCCAAGUCGCUGAGAUCAUAGAGUGGGUCCACACACAACCUGAUAGUGGUUGUUCCUUCCAGUGCUUCCACUGUGGAAGCUUGGAAGGGUUGUAGAUUGUGGAUUGGUAGUGGAUGGGCUUGUGUCAUGGUUUCCAUUUUUGUUGCUGGUUUGACUGGGUAUUGAUCUUAAUCUUGCGGAGGGGUUAUGAUAUCAUGGAUUUUGACCUCGUUUUCUUUCGUUGUUUUUCUUUUCGCUAUGCUUCUUGUGUGGUCGUUUUGAUUCUGUUCUUUUCAUUCUGUUUCUCUUCUUUUCGGUUUCUUUCCCCUUCCUUUGGUGCUGUAUACACUGGAUAUGAGGGUUGAUGUUAUCACGUGCUCGACGCGACUAUUGACAACAUCCGGAUCAUUCAGUCUAGAUAUACAAUGAGUGAAGACCUGUUAGGAUGAUAUCUUGAAUAAUAUCUUCUGAGGCUGUUAUGGCAUAUUGAUUGACUCCAGACAGAUAGCCAUCACUUUAGCAUUCCAUACUAUAAGCAUGAUGCGACAGUCGCUCGUGCGCUGUAAAGAUGGAUAUACGGUAGAUCAGGCACGCCAGUCUACUUCAUACUGAUAAAUCUUUAAAGCAAU